GAAAGUUCGAAGCCGUUUUGGAGUAAAGGAUUUCGGGUAGGCCGGGCAGAGCCCCGUUCGGGCAGCUUCUUAAGGCAAAACUGCGCAUCACCGCCCACGCCCGAAAAGGGGAAAAGAAACACAGUGGGAGGGAGGGAAGUGCUCAACACAUCAAAAGAAAACAUUUUUCUCACCCACACCCUCUCCGGGCAAGCAACUGAUGACAGAGAAAUAAAGACGACGGGAAAGUGAGAGAGAAAGGGACUUGACGUUGUAGUGUAAUUUAGGGGUAGGUCACUGAAGAAGAGGAAGCCUUUAAGCUCAAAAGGAGCUGAAAAGGGCAAGCAAAAAAGGGGAAAGAAUGGAAUAGUUAAUCUUUGUUGUGGUGAUGAGAUCGGGUGGUCUUUUAGAGUAUAGGGUUUUGUGGGGGGUUUGGGUAAAUGAGUGUGCCUUUCAUUGGAUCUAAAAAGGGCAUUUGCUUAUUUUGUUGUGGUAGUAGCAGCAGUAGUUUGAGUGUAGAUAUAUAGAGACAGAUGAUUCUUUAUGUAUAUGUGAUUAUGAAAGGGGUGCUGAGAGAGGUCUUGGUUCUACUGGCAGUGUUGCUGAUCAUUCUUCAUCCAUUGACGCUCAUUACUGCUAACUUGGAAGGUGAUGCUUUGCACAGCCUAAGGACCAGCUUACAAGAUCCUAACAAUGUUUUGCAGAGUUGGGACCCUACCCUUGUCAAUCCUUGUACAUGGUUCCAUGUUACUUGCAACAGUGCUAACAGUGUUAUAAGAGUUGAUUUGGGAAAUGCCGGCCUAUCAGGCCAAUUAGUCUCUCAACUUGGCUUGCUGAAGAAUUUGCAGUAUUUAGAGCUUUACAGCAAUAAGAUAACUGGCGUAAUUCCCAGUGAUCUUGGAAAUCUGACAAAUCUGAAGAGCUUGGAUCUCUACUUGAACAACUUCACUGGACCUAUACCAGAUUCCUUAGGCAAGCUGUCGAACCUUCGCUUCCUGCGGCUCAACAACAACAGCCUAACUGGUUCCAUACCGAUGUCACUAACUAAUAUCUCAGCUCUCCAAGUCUUGGACCUGUCAAACAACCGUCUUUCUGGUCACGUUCCAGAUAAUGGUUCUUUUUCUCUAUUCACACCCAUUAGUUUUGCCAAUAAUUUGGAUCUUUGUGGGCCGGUUACUGGACAUCCUUGCCCUGGAUCUCCUCCAUUUUCUCCACCUCCACCAUUUAUUCCAUUACCUCCAAUUUCUUCUCCAGGUGGAAAUGGAUUAACUGGAGCAAUAGCUGGAGCAGUAGCUGCAGGAGCUGCUUUACUCUUUGCUGUCCCUGCCCUUGCUUUUGCAUGGUGGCGUCGCAGAAAGCCACAUGAGUUUUUCUUCGACGUUCCGGCGGAAGAAGACCCUGAAGUUCACUUGGGACAGCUCAAGAGGUUUUCUCUGAGAGAGCUACAAGUUGCAACCGAUAGCUUUAGCAACAAGAACAUUCUCGGCAGAGGUGGGUUUGGUAAGGUAUACAAGGGACGGCUUGCAGAUGGUUCGUUGGUUGCUGUAAAACGGUUAAAAGAAGAGCGUACUCCUGGUGGUGAGCUUCAAUUCCAAACAGAAGUUGAGAUGAUUAGCAUGGCAGUUCACAGAAAUCUCCUUCGUUUGCGUGGCUUUUGUAUGACACCCACUGAACGCCUUCUUGUUUACCCUUAUAUGGCCAAUGGAAGUGUUGCCUCGUGUUUGAGAGAACGACCACCGGAUGAACUGCCACUCGAUUGGGCUACAAGGAAGCGCAUUGCCUUGGGAUCUGCAAGGGGAUUGUCAUAUUUACAUGACCAUUGUGAUCCAAAGAUAAUCCAUCGUGAUGUAAAAGCUGCAAACAUACUAUUGGAUGAAGAGUUUGAGGCAGUUGUAGGAGACUUUGGGUUGGCCAAACUUAUGGAUUAUAAGGAUACUCAUGUUACAACAGCUGUGCGUGGCACAAUUGGACAUAUAGCACCAGAGUACCUAUCCACUGGGAAGUCUUCAGAAAAAACCGAUGUGUUUGGGUAUGGCAUCAUGCUUCUAGAGCUUAUCACUGGACAAAGAGCCUUUGAUCUUGCUCGUCUAGCUAAUGAUGAUGAUGUCAUGUUGCUUGACUGGGUGAAAGGACUGCUCAAGGAGAAGAAACUGGAAAUGCUUGUUGAUCCUGAUCUGGCAUAUAAUUAUGUAGAAGGAGAGGUGGAGCAGCUAAUCCAGGUCGCAUUGCUAUGCACGCAGAGCAGCCCAAUGGAGCGGCCCAAGAUGUCAGACGUGGUGAGGAUGUUGGAAGGUGAUGGGUUGGCCGAGAGGUGGGACGAGUGGCAGAAGGUGGAGGUUCUUCGGCAGGAGGUUGAACUAGCAACACCUCCUCACUCCACUUCUGAUUGGAUUGUAGACUCUACUGAAAAUUUACAUGCCGUUGAACUGUCUGGUCCUAGGUGACCUCCAACUCUCCAAGGCUCCUAUCAGCAUGGGAUUUCUUUCUUAGAACCUUGUUAUUUUUCGUUUAGGGGUUAAAGAAUGGGCAAUUAGAAAGUUCCUUUUCUUGUAAGCACUUUCUCUUCAAAGUGUAUUCUUUGUGUGUGCAUCAGUGUAACAGCUAUGUGCUAAUAUGCGUAUGGGUGUGUAGUACACUAGUACAGAGUUGCACUAUUUUAUAAGCUUAAUACACAAAAGAAAUCUAAUGUUUGAAACUUGAAAGUGGUGACA